UGAUGCUGAUCCUGCUGCUGCUGCUGCUGGGGCCAGCGGCCUGGGCCGCCCCCAGGGCGGGGACGAACAGGCCUGAGCCCGCCGUGGAUCCGUAUCCCGACCCGCUGAGCCCGGAGUCGCCUGCGCUGCUCCCUGCUCCCCCCAGGCUGCUGUGGAGCGCUGUGCGGAGCCUGGGGCCGCCGCAGCAGGACGUGGAGGCCAUGACACGGGAGCAGGCCCUGCUCUACCUCUUUGUGCUCCAUGACCACGACCAGAGCAGGCGCCUGGAUGGGCUGGAGCUGCUGCAGUUGCUUGGCACGGUGCUGGCACAGGCUGGGGGGCAGCCAGACCCUGACAUGGUGGCUGCACUGGUGGACCAAGCCCUGGCAAGGCAGGACCUGAAUGGGGAUGGGCUGCUGGACCCCUCUGAGCUGCUGGACCCCCCCGAGGUGCUCUUGCCUGGCCAGGACCAGGGACCCCCAGCACAACCCCCCCUAGAGCAGCAGGCAGGGGUUUGGGCUGUGCCUGAGGGAGGCACGGAGAUACCCACGCAGGACCUGGGGUUGAGAAGCCCAGGACAGGAAGCCACUGAGGCUGGAGACCCUCAGAGCGGAGUCCCUGAGAAUGGAGCCCCCAAGGCAGAAUCCCCCGAGGUGGAAUCUCCCGAUGCUGAGGCCUUGGAGGCAGAAGUCAUCCCUGAGGCCAAAGCCCCCAGUACUGAUGCCACAGAGGAACAGGAAGCCCCAGAGGCUGAAGCCCCUGAGGAGCAGGCAGCCCCAGCCUGGAGGGACCAUGGGGAGGGGUAGCAGGGGGGGCUGUGGGAUGCAAUGCCCUGGCUGCUCCCUGCCCUGCUCAGGGCACAGAGUGGCAGGGGAAUGCCCCAGGGCCAGGCUGCCAGGACCAAGGAGGGCUGGGAUCGUGUGGUCUCCUCUGUAAUGCAUCGAAUGGAGAAAUAGAGGCA